AUGGCCUCCCUAAUCGACUUGAUCACGUCCGUUGCGCUGCUGAUCUACAUGCUCUUUGCAUAUGCUUCUGAAUACUUGGCGCCACAAUUCUCGACUGUAUCUGGGUUCGCAACAAUAAUGAUCUAUGGUUCUGAUAUGAUCGCUGCUUCCUGUUCGCUCUUGAUUCCAGUCUCGCUGGUUGCAAUUGCUGUUUCCUGUUAUCCUUCUCUGCGCUUGACCGCAUAUCUCGCUGCCGUGCCCGUCUCGUACCUAGCACACCUUCUCCAAGACGCAUCGGCUGUUUAUAUCGCUUCCUUCGCGUCUUCAAUACCUGGCUCCUCCUUCUCCACCAGCAAGAGCAACUCCUCCGCCACCUUCGUCCGCACUGCAAUCCUGAUUCGCACUGCAAUCCUGAUUGGCACCUUCCAUAUGAUUUCCGACUGGUACGAAACACACGGCUGCGAUAUCGCGCCUAUUGACAAUCUUGACAUUAAUCGUGCGGUCACUGCUGCUUCUGCAUUCGUCGGCAAGGCCCUCGAUCGAAUCGUUGCCAACUGGACUGCGACAAGGCUUAGGACUGGACAAGAUGCUGCUCUCGUCGCUGCACUACAGGAUGCUCUUCACGAUGCUCAGAAGACGAUCAAGGAGAGGGACGAAAUUAUUCAAGAAUUUGACGCUGCUGUUCAUGGCCUGGAAGCUCGGCUUGAGUCUCUCUGCCCUUCUGUCGACGAGAAGAGCCACGAGUUGGCAGAACGCGCCGACGCCAUUCAUGGCUUGACGUCUAAAGCUGCUACUGCGAAGACAGCACUUGUCGGGCUGGGGGCACGCGUCGAGAACCAGGCUGCUGCGAUCCUGGAUGUCACUGACCAGCUCACAUGGGCUCGUCAGGACAUCGCCGACGCUGAAAGCGCUAUUAUCGAGUCGAACGCCAGGAUCACGUCUCUCACGGCCGAUCUUGCCUCGGCUCACCGCGCGACCGCAGACGCACAGAAGAAGCUCUCUGCCCAGGACACGCUCGUCGCUGACCUGAACGAAACGCUCGACCUCGCGUGCGAGAGCCUCCACGAGAAGAACCAGCUCGUCAAGGAGCGUGACAAGGAGAUCGGUGGCCUGAACGACACGCUCGACCUCGCUUGUGAGACCAUCCACGGGAAGAACCAUCUCGUCAAGCAGCGCGACGCCGAAAUUCUCAAACUCCGAAGGCAACUGGAUGAGCAGAAUGCCCAAUUGGUCACUCAUGCGAGGAUUGUCGAGGAGCUUGCCGCUGCGAAGGACGACGCAAAGCGACUGCAAGCGAUGGUCGAUCGUCGAGACACAGAACUCAAGCAGAAGACGCGCGCUCUUGCCGUCUGCACCGACCAACUCACUGACGUCAACCGCGACCUCCAGCAAUGCGAGACCCUCGCACGCAUGGAGAAGUCCGAGCUUGAGUCCCACACCCGCUCCCUCCAGAACCGCGUCGACGCUCUGCAAGCCCAGCUAUCACUGAAGGUGCUCGAGAUUCGUGCUCUCGCCGACGACUGCACGGAUCUGGAAGCGUGCCUGGAAGAGUCCGCGUCGACCGUCUCGCGCUUCCUGCGGGUGAGGAACGAGCCAUCUGCUGGGCCGAUGCGAUCCCUGCGUGCGCGCCUGCGAUGGCUCUGCCGGGACAGCCAGCGGCUGCUCGAGCAGGAUGUUGUCAUCGACGACGACGGGGGCGAUUCGCUGAAUAACGCGCUCCAGGAGUGGAAUGACCUUCUCGAAAAGGCUGGUCUGGUUUCGACCACGUCGUGGGAGGACGCCUGGCUGGACGACGCGGUCGAACCCCAACCCGAGAGCACAAUCACCUCUGCCGCUCCUCCUUCCCCGAUGGUGGACGAUGGAUUGGCAGUACGACUUCGGGUGACGUGCCACCACCUCGUGCAGGAGCGGGCAAGGACAGAGGAGCUGCGGACCCAACUGGAUAACCAAGGCUCCCGUCUUGCGAUGUGUCGCACCGCAUUGCUUCUGGCCAGCGACGAUCUUCGUCGGCUGCGCGUUAUCGCCCACUCAGCACGCAUGUCUCCCAACGCGGACGGGCUUGCUGCGAGCUUGGCGGAGUGCAACGCGCAGAUCGCCACGCUCAUCUUUACGAAAGACUCUCUCGAACUCCAAAUGGCAGACCUUCGGGCCGACGUCUACGCUACUCGUGCUCGGAACCAGACGCUUGAGGCGGAAUUGGAGGAUCAGGGCAGUCGGCUGAAGCUCUGCCAAGCUGCUCUUCGUCUUAAUUCCGAGAAGCGCAAGUCGAGCAAGCGCAAAAUGUCUGCAGCUCCCGAGUCUGCUGUCAAAAUGCGGUCGGAACCUGUCCUCUGUGAGGCUAUCCCCUCCGCUCUCCAGUCACCCAGUGCUAUGUCUACUCGUGCUCCGCUCUCGGCGCUUUCUGUCAACGUUACCUCGCACACGAACCUUUCUGCCGACCGCCGCUCUAAUCUUGCCAAGGUGUCUUGA